AUGCCACUCGGGCUUGCCUGCCCACAAACGCCACCGCAGCGCCCGCCCCCGCUCGCGCCCGCCGCCGCAGCGCCCGCGUCCGGCCUCGCCCUCGCCGCCGCAGCGCCCGCCCGCGGCCCCCGCGCGGCCGCGCCCUGCAUCCGUGCGCCCGACCUCGCCCCGGCUGCUGCUGCGCGCGCCCUCGGCUCGCCGCGGCCCCCGCAGUUCGCUGCGGCCGUCCGCGCCCGAGCUCGCCCCGGCCGCCGCAGCACCCGCGCGCGGCCCCCGCGCCCGCCUUCGGCCCCUGCGCCGGUAGCGCCCGCCCUCGGCGCGCCGCGACCCCCGCGGUUCGCUGCGGCCGUCCGCGCCUGA